GAAUUCGAUAGCAAAGUAAAAACAGAGAGCAAUCGCUAAACUUUAAAGAGCACGCUUUGGAAAUAAAAAGCUUUCGCUCUUCUCUCUGCUGAUUUAACCGUGCCGCCUGCGCAAAAUGACGCAAUUGUCGGAUGAACAGUUUCGCAUUCUGAUAGAAACUAUCAAAUCGUUGGCACCUGAACCGGAGGCGGCGCCGCAGUCGAAGGGCAGCUUUAGCAAUUGCGGUGCACGCUUUAGUGGCCAGCGGGAUCAUGAUGCAGUGGAUGAGUUCAUAACAGCAGUGGAGACAUAUAAGGAAGUGGAAAGCAUUAGCGAUAGCGAUGCUCUCAAAGGCAUCUCACUGCUGUUUAAUGGCAUUGCUAUAACCUGGUGGAAGGGCGUGCGCCGUGAGGCACAGACCUGGGCGGAUUGUCUUAAGCUGCUGCGAGAUCACUUCUCGCCCACCAAACCAUCAUACCAGAUUUAUAUGGAAAUUUUCGAAACAAAACAAAUGUCAAGUGAGGUGAUACAUGAGUUUAUAUGCAAAAAACGCGCUUUGCUAGCCAAACUGCCAGAGGGACGCCACGACGAGGAAACGGAGCUGGACUUUAUCUAUGGUUUAAUGCAGCAAAAGUACAGAGAGCAGAUACCCAGACAUGAAGUCAAAAACUUUCGUGAACUACUCGACCGUGGCCGCAACGUAGAGCGUACCAGUUAGACAUUGUAUGUAGAUUAAGACUUAAAAUAAAAUUUUAAAUUUAACAGCAUGUAUAUUUUAAAACAAUUGUGCCUGAACUGAAUAUAUUAAGAAAAACUUUAAUAAUGUAUAAGUAAGGAGCGCCUAUAAAUUGUAUUUAUAAACUGUAUAAACGAUUAGUUCGAAUUAGUUUGCUAGUUUAAGAUAAUUGUUAUUGUUUUUUGGCUUCUGAAGCAUAAAUUGGUGCACGGAACCCAAUGAAGUUUCUUUUUUUAUAUGACAAUUUGCAUUACGCCAAAUCAUAAUUGGACUGGCUUAUGUUUCAGAAAUCAUUUUGAAGAUUUCACAAACGCUGAAAUUUUUCUAACAAUAAAACAACUUGAUAGAUUUUGGUUUUUGUGCGUAUUAUGUAUUUCUUUUUACGCAAUUUUUGUAAUUAUAUGUGUUUUCAAAAUUCAGUCUUACAUAUAUUUGUUUAACAAAGCUUAUCGCAGGCUCUUGUGGUCAGCCUUGGACGCCUAUAAAAGUGCAAAUGCCGGAAAAAAAAAAGAAAACGCUUUUGCAUUUUAUAUGAAACUGGAAACUUUAAGUUGCGGCAGCUUGAGUGCGUCAAUGCUCCAGAUGCGUGCACACUGCUUAACUUUGGUUUCCAGUUAUUGGUUUCUGCGUUAAUGGCAUCCAAGGUGUUUGCACAAGAGUCUGCGAUUUACAAUUAAUAAGUGAGUGCUUGGAAGAGCCGCUGCUUUUUGGAGCAGUUGAGCAACGACGAGUUCCAAGCAGCGAGAGAGGUAGCUGGCGUGCCUAAUGCAUACUUUUCAAAGUGAAAGCUUCAAGGAGCAGUCACGGGAAAGAGUAGGACUUAGCGUGCCAUUGCACGAAUGGCGACAGCAUAGCCAUUGUAGUGCAAAGUGGUUCAAUUAAAAGUUGACUUAAAAAGUCAGUUUUUGUUUGUUUGAUUUAAUCAAAAUGUGUGAGGUGCCAACGAAACGCCAGCAGCUGUCCCUAAUGCGCAAGAAUCACUCCCGACGCUUAACUUCAGCCUAUACACAAUGUCCAUACCCACAAACAUGCGGCAGUGCAUCAAGAUACACUACCACUGCAUCAAGACACACUUACCACAUGCCGUGAGCAUGUCCACUGGGCACAAACUGAAGCCUCGCGCCUAACUUGAAACACGCAUAA